AACGCGAGCGCGGUUUUGUCAGUCAGCUCAGUUUGUACUCUCGUUCAGAACCGUUAGCAAAAAGGACACUUUUGUCUUCCUCGAUAAGCGCAAGCGCGUUAUUCUGAUAGAUCAAAAAUGAACGCACUCAUUUUGACUUUUGCCAUCAUCUGCGCUGGUGCUUCCGCCCAGAUCUAUCUGAAUCAACCGAUUGCCUUGGCGCUUCAACAUCAACCGGUUCACCAAGAGGCCUCUUUGGCACAUCCGGCUGUAGUGGAAAAUGCACUGAACGAGGCUCAGUAUCCGGCUGAGUUCAGGAACAACGUGUAUAAAAACCCACAAGUGGCUGAAGCAUUGGCCAAGGAGUCCUGGUUCGGUGACAAGGAGAUGCCUGUUUUCGAGCGUGCCGCCGACAAGAUUCCUCGGGAUCGCAUUUUGAAGAUCUUCAAAAAUGCCGGAUUUGUUCAUCGGCGUUAGACGAAUGCACGGAAAAUAGCCACCGACUUGAUAAAGUUAAAUGGAAUUUUGAUGCCGGAAAAUGAUUGCUUGCCUCUCUAAAAAU